CCCGGAUUGCGCAUGUAUUCGUGACGUACGAAAAAUCAACCCUCGACUCGGUCUUAGUCCCGGAUUACGCCUCGUACAGUGCACACUUUACUGCUACAGCUCGUGUAUUCCAUUCCGAAGAAAAAGAAGUUGGAAAUAUGCCGCUCGCCAAGGACUUUCUGCAUCCGCUGCCGGCCGAGGAGAAGCGCCGCCACAAGCUGAAGCGCCUGGUCCCGCACCCGAACUCGUACUUCAUGGACGUCAAGUGCCCCGGAUGCUACAAAAUUACGACCGUCUUCAGCCAUGCCCAGAGCGUCGUCGUGUGCACCGGUUGCUCCACGAUCCUGUGCCAGCCCACGGGCGGAAAGGCCCGACUGACCGAGGGUUGCUCGUUCCGCAAGAAGCCCUACUAAACGUUGGCCGCGGGUAAGGAGCUCUCCGGAUUUCCCAACCCGGGAAAAUCUGCCCCUUCAUUCCGUCAGUUUCUGUACAUUUUUUUUUAACGGGGACUCAAAAAGAUGCCCCCCACCACCCUCAAAAUGUUGUGUGUUUGUGAUCGCAGUUGAAAAGUGCUCGAUCCGGCGGCAUCGGCCGGAAGUGUGACGUGCGCGCGACGCCGGAAGUGCCCAGAAAUUGCAGGAAUAAAGGAAGAUUUACCUACUAAAUAAUGUGAAA